GAAAGGGAAGUUUGACUCGGAAUGAUCUGUCGACGUUUUACCCCUCUAUCUGAAUGAAUUUAGAAGUUUAAUGAUUUUAUGAAUCGUUAAGUAGAAUUUAAGGCUAUUUCAAUUACACGAACGCAUUUAAAAGGAAACAUGUUUGCUACAGAUGAUGAAGACGGAGAUUUUUUGUCUCCCACUGGCGGGGCAAAAUUAGCUUCUCUCUUUGGCUUGGACCAAGCAACCAGUAAGGGUAACGAGUCCUUCCAGUACACAGCCCCCAAACAGCCACGCAAGUCAUCUGGCAACCCAGGUCCAGCUGCUCAGAAACCUGCUCCUCCCGGCUCACCGGCGGUGCUUCUUGCAACAGCCGUUCAGGCUUACAGAUAUGUUAAUGGACAGUAUAUGAAGCAAGGCAAGCUGGGAGCUGCAGUGUUAGGAAACCAUGCAAAUAAAGAGUAUAAGCUGCUGCUGUAUGCUAGCCAACAGAAACAGGUGACAGCAGCCAGGAUUCACUCGGCCUUCAUCUUCACUGUCCAGCCCAACAACUACUGCACUUUUUAUGAUGACCAAAGACAAAACUGGUCACUGAUGUUUGAGUCUGAAAAAGCAGCUACAGAUUUCUGCAAAGAGGUGUGUCUGGCUAAGGCGAACUGCAGUUCUCUGGAGGUGCUGGUAACCCAGGAUCUAAUUCUCGGGGAGGGACAGGGUGUAGAGAAUGGAGACCUGCUAGAGGUAGUUUAUACUGGCUGGUUGCUGCAGAACCACACCAUUGGCCAGAUGUUUGACUCUAACAUAAAUAAAGACAAACUGCUGAGACUAAAGCUUGGUGCUGGAAAAGUCAUCAAGGGUUGGGAAGAGGGCAUGUUGAACAUGUGUAAAGGAGAACGGCGGCUUUUGGUCAUUCCCCCUGCUUUAGCGUAUGGAUCAGAGGGCGUCCAGGGUCGAAUCCCUGCUGACAGUACUUUAGUGUUUGAAGCAGAAAUCCGCAGGGUAAAGUUUGCUAAAGAUGCCAGCUCUGAAAAAUCAGCUGUGGGCUCCAGGGACUCUGCCGUCCCCUCUCCUGCCCCCAGUGUGGAGAGCCUGGGGCCUGAACUCACCACUUCAGUAACCAGUAAACCCAGUGAACCACCACUAAGAGCGAAAUCCAACUCACUGAGUGAGCAGCUGGCGAAUCCAGAUGCAACCAAAGCCAAGCUCAUCUCCCGCAUGGCCAAGAUGGGACAGCCCAUGCUUCCCUUCCUUGCUGGAACAGCAUCGUCACCCUCACAGGCUGAAUCCAGUGACUCUGAACUAGAGGACCCCAGUGUUUCCCGACGGAAGGAGGGUCCCCCUCCCUCUCCUCAGCCAGUACCCUUUUCCUCUGGCCCUUCUGUUUCACAACAAGCUACAGCCUUGAUGCCCGUUUCUGUGACAACAGCCAGUUCCCAGCCUUUGGUGCCAGCACCAGUUCAUGGCUUCCAGCCUUACUCCUACACUCAGUCCACUGCAGCUUCUUCUUACCUGCAGCCUGUUGGACAGAUGUACCCUACACAGACUGUGCCUUACCAAGGAAGUGGGGAUGUGACAUCAUUUUUGAUGACAGAAGCCCGGCAGCACAACACUGAGAUUCGAUUAGCUGUCAGCAAAGUGGGUGAUAAAGUAGACCAACUGGCUUCCAAGGUGGAGGAGCUUCACAAGCAAGGUGGGCUUCCGCUGGGCUUGUCCAAUGUAUCCAUGGAAACAGGGAUGAUAAUGCAGAGCAUUCAGCGCAUCAUUCAGGAAAACGAGUGCUUAAAGAAAGAGGUUUUUGAGAAGAGUUUGCGUAUUGAAGAGCAGAAUCGCAAGAUAGGAGAGCUAAUCAACCAGAACCAGAGGUACAUGGAGCAGAGUCAUUUGCUGAUGGAGCAGAGAAACGACUCUCUGAAGAACUCGAGUGAGCAGAACCAGGCUCGAAUACUGCAGGCAGAACAGGAAAAGCAUGCACUGCCAUGGGACAUGAGCAAGGACCAGGUGCGGUUGACGGAGGAGCUGGCGAGCUCUACAGCGCGGGUGUCGGAGCUGCAGCUGGAGCUUAGUGCUCAGCAUCAGAAAUCUGCAGGUCUGCAGUCGAGCCUGAACACAGCCGUGCAGGAGGGUCAGCAGCACUUUGCUAAGCUCGCGGCCAUGGAGAACCAGCUGCAGGAGCUGAAGGAGGCAGCAGAGCAAACACAGGUUCAGUACAGAACAGAGAAGCAGAAGCGGAAAGAGGUGGAACUCAAACUGAGCAACCUGGAUGAAGAGCUGCAGGACCUGAGGAGUGAAAAAGAGAGCGUGGAACGAACUUUGGUGGACAGAAAAAGGAAGUGGCAGGCAGAGAGGCAGCGAUGUGAUGAGGAGUUGGAGGAGGUAAGGAAGGCCAGUCAGAUCGAACUGGACAACCUCAGGAGCCAGCUGCGUAAAGCCCGGACCAACACGGACCACGCGGCUACUGAACUGAUGGUCCAGCUGCAGACUGAUAUGGAGCAUGAGUGGAAAGCUAAGUGUGAACAGGCUGUGGCUAAAGCACGAGAACAACAGAACAGAGAAAUCACAGAGCUAACAGAGCAAAAAGACUCACUGCAGCUCAGAGUCAACCAGCUACAGGAUAAGUUCUCUGCUCUGAAGCAGUCCAGAGAAGAGGAAGAGCAACGGUUUCUACAGCAACAGGAUCAGGGGGAGGAGCUACAGGCGUUAAAAAACAAGUGUACAUCAUUGGAGCAGACAGUGGAGUUGUUGAAGCAGCAAGGAGAGAAACAGAGUUUGGAGCUUAAGAAGAGACUAACAGAACAACAGGAGCCAACAGACACUGCAGGAGAGGUGAAGCGUGUGAUGAACGGAGUGUUUCAUUCUCUGCGAGGGGAGUUUGAUCUCCACGAGACGUACACCGGCAGUGUUGUACUGAGCGUGCUGGUUAACACUAUUAAGAAUGUCACGCUACAGCUGCUCUCCAAAUCUGAGCUCCCCUCAACCCAGAGGAAUGAGAAAAAGGAGAACAAAGAUGAGGCUGAGGAAGAGACGAAGAGUGAAGCACCAGCUGAGAAGCAGGAGAAUCCAAGUACCGAGUUACACGUGAAUGGAAAGAAGGAAGAAGAGGAAGAGCAAGAGGAAAAGCAAGAGGAUGAGGAGGAAGGUGAGGAAGGUAAGCAGCAAGCAAUGGAGGUGAGAAGCGAAGCUCCAGAUAUUUUGGAGGACAAGGCUGAAGAGAGAAAGGAGCCAGAGGUGGAGGAACAGACUGCUGAGCAGGAAAGUGAACAAAGUAAUGAAGAAGUGAAAGAGAACGUGAGUGCAGGUUCAGGACAGGAGGCGCCUGAAGGUCCUCCUGAAGACGUGUCUGAAAUCACAGAAAAAAGUCUACAUUCUGACAUCACAACACCCCUUCAGACACAGAAUGAGGUCAUUACUGAAGAGGAAGUGAGUGCAGAUCCACUAGGCCAGGUCUCAGCUGAAGAUGAAGUGAAGGAAAAUAACAAAAGUGUUUCAGAUCAGUUGGAUGAAUCAGAUCUGGAGGAAACGAUGGCCAUAGGGCCCCCCAAGAACCCCCCACCACCACCACCAAACCCACUACAGGAGGAUGGCACAGAAACACCAGCACAGCUCAGCAGUUCAUCUCAGAGGGUAGAAGAGGAGAAUUCAGAGGAGCCAUUUUUCCAGAGCCCCACACCAGCAAAACCCAAACCACAACCCAGUAAGGAGGAGGAGGAAGAGGAGGAGGAACUGAGCCUAAAAGGACGACCCCCUCCUGCUUCUUUAUUUGGUGAAGACAGUGACGAUGAUCUGGACUGGAUGAACUGAUUUCGUCCCCAGCAGUCUCCUGGGAAACGGUUUCAAAAAACAGAUGCCACAGAGAUAGAACUCGACGCGGCAUGGACACGGUUGGGUCGCGGCAGGACCUCCCAAACCUUUCAGUAUUGUCAGUGGCAUCAGAAUCAUCGAGCAGCACAAUACUGUGUGACUAAGACUGACUGAGUAUGACUGCUUUGCUUCUGGAAAUGCAGCCUCAGAACCACAAUCACACAAUAUCAUCUCUUAAAAUAAACCAAAUUUAUUUGUAGCCUGAACUGUGAUCAAGAUUAGAAAGUGUUUUUUAAAGGAGUUUUAAUUUGAAGCAACGUUAAAUUGGGCUCUGGUCUGAAUAGGUGUAGAAUGACCAUGGUAAAGGCUGGCUGCUGAACAUGAAGUCCUAAUAUUUGAACUAUUUACUAACUGCAAGAUUUUCUUAAUGAAUAUAAUAAAUGACCAGCUGAAUAAAACAUUUAUAUUCCUUA